AUGGAGAAUGAUGGUGAAUUAACGGAGGACCAGGUGUAUAAAUGCCUGUCCAACCUGGGACAGUCGGCUACAGGACUCCAGCACACUUACCUAUGCCUCUCUGUGCGAGGGCAAGACUUGAAAAAUGUCUCAAUUUUAUGCAAUUAUAUCUAUCUACAAAAGCUCGAGCUUCCCUACAAUAAAAUCAAAGAUCUAUCCUGCGUGAGUCACAUGCCACACCUCAUCAUACUGGAUGCUUCCCACAACCAACUCACCGAUUUCUUUGGAUUCCAGCCACCAAAAUAUCUCAAGGAGGUCAAUUUCUCACAUAACCAGAUGUCAGUAAUGAAGGAUCUUUCUGCAUAUUUCUCUUUGACCAAACUGAUUCUUGACUAUAAUUCAUUUAGUGCCAUCAGGGGGCUGGAAAAGUGCAAAAGGCUCUCACACCUCAGCCUGGCCCAUAACAAGAUCUCUCGCAUUAGGGGUCUGGACCAUCUGCCCCUCAGAACACUCUGCCUGAGGGGGAAUGUGAUACAGAAGAUUGAGAAUCUUCAGACUCUACGCAACCUGCAGGUUUUGGAUUUGUCCUGUAACCGGAUUCAAAGCCUCUCAGGUCUCCAGAAUCUCCAUUUCCUGGGAAACAUCAACCUUGAGAGCAAUCUGAUCAGUGAGGUAAAGGAGGCUGCACAUUUGCAUGACCUGAUAUUGUUGAGAGAAAUUAAUCUCCUCAGAAACCCAGUGCAGGACCAAGAAGACUAUAGACUUGCUGUGAUAUUUCUCCUUCAGCAUCUCGUACUUUUGGAUCAACACACUGUAACUGCUGAGGAGAAGGUGUCUGCUGUGAACAAGUACGACCCUCCUCUGGAGGUGAUCGCAGCCAGAGAUCACAUGACCCACUUGAUGUACCAGCUCAUGCAACCACAGGUUAUUUUUGACAGUACUCUCCCCAGUCUGGAUGCUCCGUACCCCAUGUUGGUCCUCACUGGCCCUCAGGCCUGUGGGAAGAGGGAACUAGCCCAUAAGCUGUGCCAGGAAUUCAGUGACUAUUUUGCUUAUGGUGCCUGCCACACCACCAGGGGGCCCUAUUAUGGGGAAGAGGAUGGAUCAGACUAUCACUUUGUCACAGAGGAAGAAUUUCAGAACAUGAUUCAAAUGGGUCAAUUUGUCCAGACGAUGCAGUACGGAGGACAUUGGUAUGGCCUGUCGCGGGAAACUAUUGAGCGUGUGGCUCGUGAAGGUCUGGCCUGCUGUGUGCAUAUGGAACUAGAGGGAGUGUAUAGUUUGAAGAACUCAUAUUUUGAACCCCGUUACGUCUUGCUGAUCCCCACUGUUGUUGAUACUUACGUCUGCUUUCUGAAAGCAAGAGGAUUCUACAGCAACACUCAGAUGGAAACUGCCGUGUCUCGCAUUGACUUCUAUGCCAAGAUCAACAGAGAAUCACCUGGCUUCUUUGACAACAUCAUCCCUUGUGAUGACCGUGCUGAGGCCUACCAUACUCUAAAACAGUUGGUGAAGGAGUACCUGGGUCUAGAGGAGCAUGGAGGAGGAGGUGACAGCAGCUCAGUCACCCCUGACAACACCUCCACAAACUCAACUGGCGAGUUACUGGCAGCCAACACAACAGAGGCCACUGACCUCAUAGACUCCUACAGCAGAAACUACCAGAACAAAAUCCAGGCCAAAAUGACCCCUCAGCAGACCCCUGCAGAAAUGGCUUCCAAUCACCAACGCCAGCAGCUGAUUCGGGAAGCUCUGAGUGGGAAGAGUCCUGGUGCUUAUGCCGAGCUGUUUCAGAGCCCGCCAUAUGGCAGGCCAGCGUGCCACCAGACCUUUGCCACUCAGCUGAAGGAUGUUUAUGCUGUCCUUUAUCAAAGAGAUUCUUCAUCGUCAGCAGCGCCACGUCCUUUGGUGUCCACGUCCCCACGAGGCCAAGCUGCUGGCAGGGGGAAUGUGAUACAGAAGAUUGAGAAUCUUCAGACUCUACGCAACCUGCAGGUUUUGGAUUUGUCCUGUAACCGGAUUCAAAGCCUCUCAGGUCUCCAGAAUCUCCAUUUCCUGGGAAACAUCAACCUUGAGAGCAAUCUGAUCAGUGAGCAUCUCGUACUUUUGGAUCAACACACUGUAACUGCUGAGGAGAAGGUGUCUGCUGUGAACAAGUACGACCCUCCUCUGGAGGUGAUCGCAGCCAGAGAUCACAUGACCCACUUGAUGUACCAGCUCAUGCAACCACAGGUUAUUUUUGACAGUACUCUCCCCAGUCUGGAUGCUCCGUACCCCAUGUUGGUCCUCACUGGCCCUCAGGCCUGUGGGAAGAGGGAACUAGCCCAUAAGCUGUGCCAGGAAUUCAGUGACUAUUUUGCUUAUGGUGCCUGCCACACCACCAGGGGGCCCUAUUAUGGGGAAGAGGAUGGAUCAGACUAUCACUUUGUCACAGAGGAAGAAUUUCAGAACAUGAUUCAAAUGGGUCAAUUUGUCCAGACGAUGCAGUACGGAGGACAUUGGUAUGGCCUGUCGCGGGAAACUAUUGAGCGUGUGGCUCGUGAAGGUCUGGCCUGCUGUGUGCAUAUGGAACUAGAGGGAGUGUAUAGUUUGAAGAACUCAUAUUUUGAACCCCGUUACGUCUUGCUGAUCCCCACUGUUGUUGAUACUUACGUCUGCUUUCUGAAAGCAAGAGGAUUCUACAGCAACACUCAGAUGGAAACUGCCGUGUCUCGCAUUGACUUCUAUGCCAAGAUCAACAGAGAAUCACCUGGCUUCUUUGACAACAUCAUCCCUUGUGAUGACCGUGCUGAGGCCUACCAUACUCUAAAACAGUUGGUGAAGGAGUACCUGGGUCUAGAGGAGCAUGGAGGAGGAGGUGACAGCAGCUCAGUCACACCUGACAACACCUCCACAAGUGAGCUUUCACAGUCCCAUUUUGCCAUACGCUAA